AUCACUUUUUGCAUUAACACAAACACAACAUUUACCUUUAAACAUUCUAUCAAAACCAUUGUUUUCUAUACUCUCUAUGGUGAAAAUAUGGGUUGAAAUAUGCUUAAUAUCAGCUCGAGGAGUAAGAGCAUCACAUUCACUAUGGAAACGUCAAUGGUAUGCUAUUGGUUGGGUUGAUCCAACCAACAAAUACAUAACCAAAGUUGAUGCUUCAACCAACACAAACCCUCUUUGGAGAACAAAGUUUUCCAUUCAAGUUGAUAACUCUGAUCCAAAUUUUCAUGAUCUUGCAUUGAAUGUUGAAGUUUAUAGCAGAGACCCUUUUUUCUUUACAGAGAAACUUCAUGGAUCAGCUACUGUUCUUCUCAAAGAGUUUCUUGCUAAAGGGUUGCUGAAUGAUGAGGGUUUAAGGCAAGGGAGUGAAGAAGUUGGAAGCUAUCAGUUAAGGAAGAAGAAAUCUGGUAAACCAAGUGGAUUUGUUGAUGUUUCAGUUCGUGUUUCUGAAGAUAAAGAAGAACCAAAUUCUCAUUCAGGUUCAACGGAGUUGAGUUUCUGAUGAAGAUGAAAGGAAAAAAUGUGAUGUUUGUUGGUGAUUCGUUAGGAAGGAACCAAUGGCAGUCUUUGAUUUAUAUGAUAUCUGCUGCAGCACCUCGUGUGGAGACAGAAUUGGUUAGGGGAGAUCCUCUCUCCACUUUCACAUUCUUGGACUAUGGUGUGAACAUUUCAUUUCAUAGAACUCCUUAUUUAGUAGAUGUGGAUGUGGUCCAAG